ACGAAACCUCCCUUAUCCCCUCUCGUCAGCCGUCACGUCUCCCGGGAAGGAACGGUCGCUGCUGAGCUCGCGCCACUCGUCGCCGAUGGCGUCCUCCACUCUCGCCGCGCACCCCUUCCUCCCGUCUCUUCCCGUCCCGAACCCUAGUAAGCCAGUAUCCGUCCGAGCCUCCGUUCGCCGUCUCCCCGUCGCGGCCUCAGCGGCUCCUUCAGGCGCCGCGGCGGCGGCGAGGGAGCGCAGGCGCUUCCUGGAGCGGUACGGGCUCAACCCCGACGACUUCGAGGACGACGCAGAAAAGGGCCCAAGGGAAGAGAGGAGGAGGGAUAGGCGGGGGCGGCGGCGGUCGGGGAGAGGGCAGGAGGCGGAGGAAGCGGCGGUUGCUCCGGCGAAGGCGGCAGAGCCUCGGGAGACUCACAAAUUGCUUCAGGUUUGGACAAUACGGUUCCAAUGUAUAUAUGUUUUUGUUCCUGUGAUGUUAUCAAUCGUAUCAUUCUGCUUCAAAUUUCAGAGUCACAGUGCAAUACGAUUCUAUUUUAGUCCAAUUAUGUUUAUAUGUCGCGUCCAUUUAUACGCAUCCUGCAUUGAUUCAUUAAGGCGGAAGUGCAUGAUGUACAUGGCCCAUUUUGUUGAGAUGGAUCCUUGGGUUAUCUCUGAGGUACUUAAACCAAAUCUGGAGUGUACUGGAUUUCUUGAUGUGUCACACAUACAUAUGCUCCGCGUUGAAAAAUUCUUGGCCAAUGCCGAAAAAUCUCAAGGUAAAUAUCCUUCCUUUGAUUAUAUUAGUGUAACACCACCAUAUCUGGAGGUAAACUAUAGCACACUACUCGAUCAACUUGCAAGGUCACCAUUGGUUGGAAAAGAUUGCUUCAUUCUAGUUGAGUACCCACUGAAAACAGAUAUGGCUGAAUCCUGCGGAAAUCUUAUAAAGAUAGCUGACAGGAGGUUUGGUAGAACAAACUUGUUAAUAUAUGGGCCAACAUGGUCAGAGAAAAAGAGAAGAACUUGAGACGAUUUCUGAAGCAUUUAAGGUGAGGUUUGCACACAAGAUCUAUACUUAGGACAAGGAAUGCUGUCGAUAUAUCAUAUCAUCACCUGUCAAGAAUUCAAACCACCAUUUGGGUGAGGUUAAGUUCUCAACUUCCGCACAGAGAUGACUGACCUAGCCUUCGCAUAGAAAUACAGUCAUCUCGGUGCAUUGAGAGAUCAUACGUCUCUCUCAUUCUGGUUCACCGAUCCACAUCCCAGAAGGAAAAAAUGGCCCUCUGCCUUCCAAGCAUCGGCAUCAAGUCACAUUUCAUAACACCUUGGGAAAGAGACCUCCAGCUUACGUUGCUUUGCUAAUUGAUGCCCCAUAUAGUAUCUUUGGAAAGGCUUGUACACUUCCAUAAUUGUAUCAAGCCCGUCUUUCUGGCCGGCAUGGUACCAAAGAGUACCCCAAUGUAUCCUGUACUUGUACUCCGGGAGUACGCUGGUUCAGGUUGCAGCUUUUAGGCUGUUAUAUAACAAUAGCUUAACGCACUCGAUAUCAGUAAGCCAAUGAUGGAGCCAAUUAGCAAA